AUGGUGGUGGCAGCUGAAGUAGCUGGAGUGCCGGCUACGGUGGUGAUCGGGGCGAUGAUUGUAGAGGUGGUUGUAAUACCGGUUGCUCUGGUAACAGGGAGGUGCAUCGAUGGCACACAGAUUGCUAUUCGGGCUCCUUCAGAAGGCGAUCCAAGAUUCUCGAAGGCUGCGUACUGGUGCCGGAAGAAUUACUAUGCGCUCAAUGCUAUGGUGGUCUGCGACGCAGAUCUUCGUAUCCUGAACUUUGACGCAACUUUCCCGGGGUCCGUCCAUGACUCUUUUGUGUGGCGGGCAUCUCUUCUAAGAGAACAGUUUGCGCAAGGGAGACUAGCCGAAGAGAACGAGUGCCUGCUGGGCGACAGCGGCUACCCCUUGGAGCCAUGGCUCCUGACCCCAAUUCCUGGGAACCCCACUGGACAUUCAGAGGCAGAGUUUAAUAAGAAACAUCGCUCAACACGCUCCACUGUGGAGCGUUGCAUAGGCAUGCUGAAGAACAGAUUCAGGUGUUUGCAGAGGUACCGGGCUCUACAUUAUGAUCCGGACAGGGCAUGUAACAUUGCUACCGCAUGCGCCAUUUUGCAUAACGUGUGCUUGUUUUGCACAAUCCCGGAACCUGCACCCGAGCCCUAUGUGUCCUCAGAGUCAGAGUCUGAUGAGGGUGUGGAGUCCGACGACAGCGGUACACAAAUCAGGACCGCCCCGCUCACCGAGGAGGCCCCGCUCACCGAGGAGGCCCCGCUCACCGAGGUGGUCCCCCUCACCGAGGUGGCCCCACUCACCGAGGUCGACCCACUCACCGAGGUCGACCCACUCACCGAAGUCGCCCCGCUCACUGAGGUCGUUUUUUGCAUGCAAUGUAAAUUGAGACUCUCGCCUUCGAGAUAG